GGUAGUCUUUUGCAAAUCCUGGAGGUCUAAAUUCUGAAAGGGAUUUUGGAAAAUUUAGUCUUGGGCAAACCUGGGUGGGUGAAAACCCACCAAUUUCAGAAAAGAAAAGGCAAGGUCGGAUCAAGACUUACCGCAGUCUGCGCUUCACUUGGCAGGUUCUUGUUCAUGUUAUGAUCAACGUUUCCACCUAUUGUUUGCUUGUGCAAAUUCUGCUCCUUUCACAUCUUGUUGGGGGUUCAAUCUGCAUGUGAGGUUGCCUGUUAUGGAUUACAUGGAUGAGCAAGACCGUGAUGAUAUACAAGCAGGGGUUGCUUCUUAUGGUUCCUUCAGAUUCAGAAAAAAGAAAUUUAUGGCAUGGGAGUGGGACAAGUGCAAGCCUCGUUAUGUAAAUGGAGUGAUUCAGAGACCGUCAUCAAAGGUAUGAAAGGCCUUUAUACCACUGUAUGCCGAUGGAAGAACGAAAAUCAUGGCUGCUGAAUGUGUCAGUUGCCAUGUGCGACUCAAUGCAAAUAGAAGCCUAAAGUACUUGAACCGGCAUAUUAGGACUUGUCCAGCGCGAGGUAGAAGUAGAGCUAGCGUAAAUCAAGAUGAGCUAUCACCUGUGUUGACAAAUGUUGAAGUUCAGUUUCCAGAAUAUGGCAGCAAGAUCCUCAAGUGCAGUUCUGGUGAUAGAACCCCUGUGGACCCAUGCGUUUCAGCUUCGCCAGCACAAAAAAGAAUGGACCCCAAGAAGGAUAGGAAUACGUCAUCAACUCAGACUCUGCAUAGUAUGAGCAAUAGAAGUAGAACCAUCAUAAAUCAAGAUGAGCUAUCACCUGUGUUGACAAAUGUUGAGGUUCAGUUUUCAGAAUAUGGCAGCAAGUUCCUCAAGUGCAGUUCUGGUGAUAGAACCCCUGUGGACCGAUGUGUUUCAGCUUCGCUAGCACAAAAAGGAAUGGACCCCAAGAAGGAUAAGAAUAUGUCAUCAGCUCAGACUCUGCAUAGUAUGAGCUAUAGAAGUAGAACCAGCAUAAAUCAAGAUGAGCUAUCACCUGUGUUGACAAAUGUUGAGGUUCAGUUUUCAGAAUAUGGCAACAAGUUCCUCAAGUGCAGUUCUGGUGAUAGAACCCCUGGGGACCGAUGCGUUUCAGCUUCGCCAGCACAAAAAGGAAUGGACCCCAAGAACGACAGGAAUAUGUCAUCAGCUCAGACUAUGCACAGUAUGAGCAGAAAAUUUGACCAAGAAGCAUCUUUUCAAGAGCUUUCCAAAAUGAUUAUAUUGCAUGGCCAUCCGCUGUCCAUUGUCGAGCAUGAAGAAAUGAGAAGUUUUGCAAAGUUCCUCAAUCCAGAAUUUAACGUGGCUUCAAGCAUUGAUGUAGAAGAGUAUUCAACUACUUUGUUCCAGAAAUUAAAGGCUGAUCUACAUCAAAAGAUUGCUCAAUCCCAUCGGGUUUCCUUAUCAGCAAGUUUGUGUACUCCUCAUGCCCUCAUGGAUCUGAGUCCUCAGUGAAGUAUCUCUGCUUGUCAGUGCAUUUUGUUGAUUCAGACUGGAAACUUCAAAGGAGAAUCAUCAAAAUUUGGUGCGUUUGGGACCUCAACCACUAACUUGGAUCGGAUGAUACAUCUUAAGGAGGCUCCUGUACUAGAUUCGGAAAGCGGGCCAUUUGAUCUCAUAUCGGAAGCUAUAAGUGAUUGGAAUCUUGAUCAGAAGCUUUUGAGCUUGACAUCUGUUGGUGACAUUAGAAGCAAUGAGCGAUUUUCAAAGCUGAAGGACUUUCUUAACCAAAGGAAAUGCCUUCCUAUUGGAGUUAAACUGUACAAUAUUGCUUGUGUGGAUGAUGUGCUCAACAAUAUUGUUUCAGAAGAACAACCAUUGCUGCAUGUUGUUGGUGACAUCCUAGAGAAAUUUAUUCAGGCACAUAUGUCCUCAUCUCUGAGUCAGCAGCAACUGAUAGAAGUUAUGAAAAGUAUGACAUUGAAAUGUCCCCAUGAAGAUGUGAAACCGUGGCACAAAAUUUACUUUGCGCUUGAAGUUCUUGUGCACUUCAAGAAGGCUUUUCCCUCUGAAGAAUUGUUAUCUGCAAAAGAUACUGAAACUGUUGAAUCAGUUUGCAACAUUUUGAGGGCUUUUUCCCAUGCUGUUGAAGUACUUUCUGGUCCUGUUUGUCCCACGGCAAAUAUUUACUUCAAUGAACUAUGGAUAAUUAGGACAACUUUGGAAGAAGAAGCAUCUACUUAUCAUACUGAACUUGCUAGCAUGGUUUGGGAGAUGCAAGAAGCAUUCGACGAGUAUUGGCAGAAUUCAUAUGUGUGGUUGUCAGCACCUGCUGUACUUGAUCCCAGAUUCAAAAUUGCUUUUAUCGAAUUCCACCUGAAACAAGCUUUUGGCACUGAUGCAGCAAAGUAUGUAUCUAUGGUACGUGAUACAAUCUGGGAGCUGCUUCUGGAGUAUUGCACUGCUGUAGAUGAGCCGAGUGUCGACCAAUCAAAUUGUGACUCUUGUGAUGUUCAGGUGGGCGGAUUUUACAAGGAUUCAUUGAAAGAUGUUAGAUAAUUACCCAUGCUCAUGCUUGCCUUUCUUUCCUGGUAGUAGUAGUAGCACUUGCACUUUGACCAGCCAAGGCUUGCCACUUGAAUUUGGGCGGCAAAGACUGGUGCAUAUAGUUGCAGCUGCAAGUAGCAGCAUGGUAGCAGUAGCAAGUAGUAGCAGCAGCAGUAGCAAGUAGUGGUAGAGGCUGCAAGACACUAUAGAAGCCAUACCUUGUAAUUUAACUCACCUUGACUGGCUUGGCUAUAUAGAGAAGAGCAGCUGCAGCUCAGAAGUUUUUAAGCAGCAACACUCCUCGUGUCUACCCUCUACUUCU